AUGGCUGGUGGUGGGCUGGCGUGCCGGCAAUGGAAAUGCUUGCUCCUGGUCAUCGGCGGUCUGGUCAUCGGCGGCUGCUUCCUCACCUUGCACGAGCACAUGUCCCAAGGCAGCCGCGUCACCAGGAACACCAUCGCCGUCGCCACCCCUUCAACCCCCACCCCCAGCUUCGCAAACACUCAUCUCCAAGUCUCCCCAGGAACAGCAGCUGGCACACACAGCCACAACGACGAAGAAGAAGGAGAAGGAGAAGACGCAUCAGAGACAGCUGCAGCAAAGCCAUGGAAGCAGCGACUCGAACGACAGCAACAUCUCCGCCAACUGCACCAGCAAGGUCAACGACAGCCCUUGCCCAUUGCACCACAGGCCAUGCUGCAGCGACUGCACUCAGCACUGCCAGAUGAUGAUGGCAGAAUGGGCGAUCGCACCGCUGCGUUGGCUGCAGUGUCGUCGCUGCCUUUGGAAAGCAUGCCACCAAAAGUAUGCAUCCUCGGCAAUGCAGAGACCUCCAAGGCUGCCGUUCGCGUGCACCAAAUGUGGGACAGUGCCUUCACAUCGUGCUGGUAUGUGUGGGACGAGCCCGACCCCAACCCCAACGUACAGCAGCCAGCCAACAUGCACAUCCCGCAGCGGUCCAAGAAGAGCGACUCGCUUCCGUUUGCAGACGGCAUCCACCUAUGCCUCAAGCACUUGCGCAGUCUCCCCACGGCCACAUGUGACUACUUCUUCACCCAUGACGACGACCUGGUCUUUCAUCUCGACCCAAACUGGAAGUCAAAGCUGGCUACCUCCUCAAUCCCCUUGCCUUGCCAGCAGCAGCACCAGCAACGCCCCCACAACACAAACACCAACACCGACACCAACACCGACACCGACACAAACACCGACACAAACAUCAACAUCGCCACCAACACAGUCGCAAACACCGACGCCAAGAACACCAAGAGCCCUGGCACGCCCAGGUUGCCCGAGGUGCUCACGUGCGUGCUCGCAGCGUUUCAGCCGGCGGUUGCCUCAUUCCCGUGGGAUGUUGGCCUGGACCGGUUCGAAGGCGUCAAGGCCAUCGCAGACGCAUACGCAGCGCAUGCCGUGGCGCCGCUAAGCGGGUUUGACAACGGCAUGGUUGUCUACCACGCGUCCAUUGUAGACUUCUUCAUCCCCUUUGCCCCGCGUGGCGAGGGCGGAUACACAGGCAAGUGGACGCUGGGUGCGCACUUCCUGCAGCUGUUUGCCCCGGAGGUGUUUGGCGGCCACGCCCUGAGCAUCACCGCCCUGCGCUACAACAACACCAUCAACCUCGACCUUGUCAGCACCCAGCGCAAGCGCGCGUCCCGCAAGGUGGUGGGCAACCUCGUCUACCACGAAGGCGUGCGCCACCCGUACGAGUACAAGCUCAACGACAGAUACGUCGCCUUCCUCGGCACGGGCAUGAAGCAGCCCACCGCCCGCACGGGUCGCGACCUCACCCCUGCAGACGUCCCAUCGCCAGCGCGCGGCAGCGCGUCGCUGUACACGCCGCCGUGGGUGGUGGCCCGCAUCAACGCCUUUUACGACCUGCGCAGCGAAGCGCUGGGAAACAACGCGUACCUCGCCGCACAGCCGCGCCAGCUGCUGGUCAAGGCCAUCGCUGAGACGCCGAUCCACGUCGCCGUGCACAUGUUCGUGUACGAGCGCAUGGACCUGUUUGAGCAGGUGUGGGCGGACCUGAACGGCGCCAUCGUGCCCUCAGCAGCCAUUGGCCAGCCGGGCGUCUCGUUCACCAUCCACAUCCACUACGACAACCACAACCUGCAACACCUUGAUGCGCUGCUGGGCCUGCGCUCAAAGCUUGGGCCCGUGCACGUCUCCCCACGCGUCCAGCACGCCGGGCUGCGCACCAACAUCCUGGAAAGCGGCGCCGCGGCGCACGCAGACACGUUCUUCCUCAUGCUUGAAGACGACCUGCGGCUGUCGCGAUGGGCACUCGUGUACACGGUGGCCGCCAUUCGUGGCGCGUUCUACACCCCGAGCCCGCCCUCUCCCUGGCUCAUUGGCGUCUCCCUGUAUGCACAGGUGUUCUCCGAGGCCGCGGAGGACUUCCUGUUUGACCCGCAGAGCUGGGGCGCUGUGUAUCAUGGCAUGGCAUGGACACGGUUUGUCAAGUGGUACCGUGCACAGUCGAGUCAGAGCAGCAGUGGUACGGCAACAAGCGACAGCGAGUUUCUUGUGCCGUGCUCCUUCACCAACCGCUGGCCCGCCACCACCAGCUGGAAGAAGGCAUUGGUUCGCUUCAUGGCGGAGAACAACCUCCGCCUUCUCUACCCUCGAUUGCCGCACCGCCUCUCCUUCGCCGUCAACUCGCUUGGCAUUGGCGUCAACGAUCGUGCAAAGGCACAAAGCGCAGCGCGGAAGCGGCUGGAAGACCGCUUGCUCCUGCACGCGAUUGAGGACAGGCACCUCCCACUCGUCCUCGACACCAACGCGUUCCCAUCACCAUCGUCGUCAUCGUCAUCGUUGUCUUCUUCUUCGCAUGAUGACGGUGCAGCUGCUGCUGCUGUGGUGUCUCCCACCAUCAACAACGACCGCAACAGGGCCGUGGCGCUGGCUUUUGCAGAGCGCGUGACGCAGACGCGCAUGGCAGCGUUGCCUGUGGUGCCAGUCACCGGCACGCUCAUGCAGCCGUCAUCAUCGUCAUCAUCAUCGUCAUCAUCAUCGUCAUCAUCAACAGCAGCAGCAGCAGCAUCGCCGUCACUGUCAUCGCCGAUUGAGUUGUGUGAGGGCUCCAAGGUGGAUGCGUUUGAUGCGUGCACCAUCCUCUUCCACGCACACACACGCAGUGCUGGCGAGAAUGCGGAUGCGGUGCGGCGCUGGACAAACUGGAAGCGCUCUGGGGCUGUGCUGGUCAUUGGUUCCGCUGACACCAUCGCUGACCUGGAGGCUGAGCUCGGCGCGAAACUGCCGCCACGUGUGCAGCUGUUCAAGUACGAGGGCGGGAGCAUGGGCAUGGCGGACGCGUGGUUCCUGCUGUCGCCCGACCUGAUGCAAGCGCUGCAUGGCACCAAGCAUGAUUGCACCAUCUUGCAUGACGACGAGGCAGCGUUCACCAUCGCCGAUGCCACAUACGCGCGCGGCACGUGGCAGGGCCACUUCUUCGACAACAUUGUCGGGCUGUCGUACCUGUCCCGCGCUCACGAGCACAAGACUGCAGCGGGGAGCGAGCAGUGGUCCGUGAUUCGCCGAAGCACGCACGCCGUGUCGCUGCUGCUGCCCGGGGCGCUGGUUGUGCACAAGCGGCACCUGUUUGAGCUCAGGGAGCAGCACGCCGGGUGGAUCAGGGAGCAUGCGUCGUGCGGUGGCAUGAUGCUCAACGCGUUUGUUGCACAGCGCCGCAGCAGCGCGUGCCCCGUGGUGGUGUGGCGUUGGCUGACUCCCGACGAAAAGUCGGAGCUUCCAAGACGCAGCUACGAGCAGCCAUCCUUCCUGGAAGCCCAGAGCAAAUGCCUCACCCUCGCCAUGGACAGGCUCGCCAAACAUGCAGCUGCUGCUGCUGUCGCUGCAGCGACCGCGGAAGAUAACGGCGGGCAGGGUGGUGGCGUGCACCGAGUGCGCCUGGAGUACACCAUGGCUGCAGCCGACCCGAAGCGGAGCUACGGCUCCUCCACACGCUUUGCAGGACGCACCUUCCUCAAGUGCUCUGCCACGUCUGAAUAGCCGCAACACCUGAAUCGCUGGGAUGCGUGUGC